GCCUGGUUGUUGUGCGGGAUUAUUUCAAUGUAACCUUCGGCUCUGUUGUAGAGUAGGUGGCACCAUGGAAGUUGUUGCCAACAACGGUUAACACCACUGAAGAAGAACAGCUGACGUCAUCUUGUAUGUGCGUAUGAAAUAAAUAACGUUUCCAAGGGAAGUGUGCUUCCUCCAGUCCAGGGUAAGGAGGUUGCUACCUGGCGGGUCUGUCUGUUAGUAUGUCGUCCAGAAGAGAACAGACUUCCAGGUCUCUUUUAGUCGGCCUGCUGGUUGUACUGCUCAGUGACGCCAUCUCCUUUGCACACGCUAGUAAGAGUUUUGAAGAUGUGCGCUGCAAGUGUAUCUGCCCACCCUACAGGAACAUCACCGGACACAUCUACAGCAGGAAUGUCUCCCAGAAAGAUUGUAAGUGCCUCCAUGUGGUGGAGCCCAUGCCAGUGCCGGGCCAUGAUGUGGAGGCCUACUGUCUGCUGUGUGAGUGCAAGUAUGAAGAACGCAGCAGCAACACCAUCAAGGUGACCAUCCUCAUCUACCUGUCAGUAGUGGGCUCCCUCCUCCUCUACAUGCUGUUCCUGCUGCUGGUUGACCCUCUGAUCCGUAAACAUGACCCCUAUAUCCAGCCCCUUCACAACGACGAGGACUCUGAGGACAUGCGGCCGCAGCCUGAGGGUGGCAGCGCUGCUCAGGGAGGCAGAAGUAACACCGUACUGGAGAGGGUCGAGGGGGCACAGCAGCGGUGGAAAAAGCAGGUCCAGGAACAGCGCAAGACUGUCUUUGACCGACACAAGAUGCUUAGUUAAACCCCAAUGGCUGGCUUCAGAUCAGAGGCUAGUCACCUCCUGAGCGUUGUCCACAUCUGCUGCUGUUAUACUGUCAUUAGCUACAUCGUUGUUGUUCAGGAUUUCAGUUCCUUUGCCAUUUCAAUACAUUCCCAGCACCUUUAGGACAGCUUAUGUACAGUAAUGCUGUUUGGAAUGAUGGCUGGCCCAAAUUGUCCUUUGUUUCCAAAAUGGUGGUUGCAGUCAUGACUCCAAAGCUUAAGAAUACAGAUGUGAUAGAUGUGUACCAAAUGAGGAGUAUAAGAAAACAGAUGUGAUAGAUGUGUACCAAAUGAGGAGUAUAAGAAAACAGAUGUGAUAGAUGUGUACCAAAUGAGGAGUAUAAGAAAACAGAUGUGAUAGAUGUGUACCAAAUGAGGAGUAUAAGAAAACAGAUGUGAUAGAUGUGUACCAAAUGAGGAGUAUAACAAAACAGCAUAAUGCAAGUUGCAUCUU